AUGAGGUCCUAUAUCCGUUUAUUAUGUAAAUCUAUCUUCGACAUAAACACCAAAUCUUUUACCAGUUGUUCCUCUACAUGUAAAACUAUUUUAAAUAACCUAAAUAAUGUGAACAAAAGACAUAAUUUUACACCUAGACUUUAUUUACACACUAAUUCUGAAAAUUUAUUCCCCCUUUCAAAACGAUUUAAUGAAAACGUAUUAAAAUUAUCUGAUUUUGACGACUACCACAAUGUAGUUUACAGACCUUUGGAUAAUGACACUAUUCAUAUGAAAGACCUUGUGGUUUCAGUGUUCUAUAACAGACAAAGCACUGCUUCUUUGUCUGUAAUAGACUCUGUUAAUAGGCUUUCCUCAGAGUUCCCACUUAACACAUUCUUACUAAUGGACUCUGAUGUUGUUCCUAGAUCAGCUUACGAUGCAGAUGUUCAACACUUUCCAUCAGCUCUCUUAUCUUACGGGGGGGAUUUGUAUAGAGAUUUAGUUUCUGAAGAGUCUGGCUAUAGCGAUAAAUGGUCAAAUUCAUACAAGUGGUCAUUUUCUGAAGAAGAAUCCAAAUCAGCUCAAAGUCAGCAAUGUGUUUUACCAGAAAAGUUUUAUCAGUCUGUACUCAGAGCUAUGAAUAAGUUUAAUAGUUUCGACGGAAAGAAUGUUUCAGCUAUAAAGUCCAGGGCUGGAACACAUUCAUACACUCAUGGAAUUGACACUGAUAAUUUAAAUCUAAAACGGGUAGGAUGGCCAACUGAGUAA